AGGAGGCAUCAGAGCAUGGGUUCUCCCUUCGUACCCGGUAGAAUCACCUUUCCUCCCCCGACAACAAAAGCGCUUCCAGCCGUGUGGAGCUGGCAGAUGGGGGAAGCAGAAUGGGUGCCCUUUGAUGCGCAACUCAUGGAAAUGCUUGAGGAUUUGUGGAGAGCGAUGCAUAGAGAGCUAGGAGUUACCCAACAAGACGAAGAGCCCGAGCUACUUACACAAGCGCAUGUACGGACCGAAGAGCCAGAGCAACAGUCACAUAACGCUGUUCAAGCGCCUUCAAGGUCUAGGUACCUUGUCACAAAUCCGAGACCACAUGCUGUACAGCCCCAUCCGUCCGUAGCCCACAAAGUGUUUGUGUUUUUGGCUCCGUGGCACUACUGCAUAGACGUCGAAACUAUGACACAGCAGAAUACAACUACACGCACUGUUCGGCCGAUCAGAAGGGCUGUUGAAACUGCAGGCUUGUGGUAUGCUAAAGGUUCAAAUGGAUACGCAAAGAGGUUUCAUCCGCAGGUAGAGGCACAUCUGGAAGCGCUGCUGCAGGGAUCUCUACUCGGCGUGCAAGACCGGCAUGCAUUUGUGUUUGCGUGGCAAGAUAACGAAACGGGUGCUCUACACUUUACCGACGUGCUAACCAUGAGAGAUUCAAUGGACCCCGGCAGCUCGAGAGAGGCAACGGGCAAAGGUAGCAAGAAGACAGUUAGAAGCCUCCCCAACGCCCUAGACAAUUGUAAUCCAGGAACCUCAUUGGUCGCACGCAUGGAGGUCUCGCCGCCAUCCGGGGCCUCUCCACCAGUAGCAGAAGAUCCUGCUGGCACUGCUACGGCUAUGGGCGCAUUCCCCUUGCCUUCUCUCUCUGUAGGAACCCCUGAAGAAGGAGAGGCGUACUGCGCUGGCUACAAUGAGCCGCUUCAGGCAGAGGACUUCCAACAGGCACUUACCAUGGUUGAAGGCGAGGGAGUCCCAGAGGACUGCUGUGCUAUCUGCCUGGACAGCUUUGCGCUCAGAAGGGGCAUGCCACCGCAUAACACAGUAGCAGAAUCACGGGAUCAGCAGCAACGCGAGAACGGCUGCUCUCAGAUUGAAGGCAACGACAACAGCGGCCAGACUCUACAGGUGGCGGCAUGUGAUCUUCCACAGGGCUGUUGUGACACGGAAGGCCCUCCUGCGACCAGCAUGAGCAGCAGCACCGACGCCAGAUAUCAUUGGCGUGCUAGCAGCAACAUCACUGAUAUCAGCCGAAAAAAUAGCGAGAGCAGGAAGAGGAACCAAAACGAAGCGGACGGCGCUGACAGAAAAAUGUGCUGGAAGAUCUCCAACCGCAGCUUAUUGUCCGGGCAUUCAUCACAAGGGACGAUAAUCAUCAACUACUAUAUUGCUGGAGGCAUUCAGACGGAAAGGCACGCACAGCCCAAGGCGUCGUUUACUGGAGCUAGGAGGCGGGCCUAUCUGCCGGACUGGAUAUUACAUUAUGGAUACCCAGACGAAACGUUUCUCUCGAGAUUGGAAGAGGAACUCAGGGCACGUGGUUUUCCGCUGGAAGGAACGGAGCCAACCAAAAGGUCGGCGUGCGCGUCCACUCAAUCCUCGUCACAAAGCACUAAAGUAGCCCGCUCAUUAACUAGGCAGUCUGCCGCUCUAGCGGGUACCAGCGUAACCCUUGCCCCCAAUUUGGAGGAGACGAACAUGUAUCUCCGAAAUGAGAAAUGGGCGACAGACUUUUUUUUCCCCAGGCAGGAACACGUCAAGCAGCUUUCAAUCGUGGGUGCGCAGAACGCGGUUACCCAGCGAGCUUGUACUUCUGGAUGGUUUUUGCGAAAAGAACCACCAUACAAACAACCUUCCCCCCUGCCUCGCAGGCUUUAG